AUGAAGCUCGGCACGGUUCAGACUGUGUUCUCUCUCAUCUUCUCAACCCCUGGCGCUACGGCCUAUGGAGUAAGAUCAGAUGAGCUGAGCUAUGGAACGCCAGAGUCUGUGGGUAUGAGCUCGCAGGCUUUGGCUAAGAUGGUCAGCAAUCUCACCGCGUUCACACACGCGGCCAAUUACAGCAAGUUUUCGAAAUAUGAGGUCCAUCCAAUCCAACCUGGAGGUGCUAUUCUCGUUGGCCGCCAUGGAAAGAUUGUCAGCGAGUUCGCCUUUGGCAACAAGAGCUUGUACGCGGACGGAAACGGGACCAUUUUACCGUCUUACGAACAGGAGGAGGCAACGGUGGACACCAUCUACGACAUGGCAAGUCUGACGAAACUGUUUACAACAAUUAUCGCUCUUCAGCAGAUGGACGCUGGUAAAAUGCGCCUCACUGAUAACGUGACUACCUUUAUCCCUGGUUUCGGGGUAAAUGGAAAGGACAACAUCACGAUCGAGAUGCUUCUGACUCACACCAGCGGCUUCGCUCCAGACCCGUCGCCGUCACUGUAUUCAGACUCCUACUCAGCAUACGACGAGAGGAUCGACGCCAUUAUCACCCAAAGCUUGGAGAACGCACCCGGUAGCAUUUUUCUCUACUCCGACCUGAACUUCAUGACGAUGAUGCUCGUUGUCCAAAAUAUUACCGGCAAGAAGCUGGAUCAGCUUGUGGCCGAGGGCAUCACAGCCCCAUUGGGCAUGGCGUCUACCUUCUUUAACCGCAAUAAUGUCGAGGGCCACAAAAACCCGCAUUAUAGGCGCACGGCACCUACUGAGUUUCAGAUCGAAAUCCUCGGAUCAGGCGAACCUGACCGGCCACAGCCUGUUCGCGGCUCUGUUCACGACGAAAAUGCAUGGGCCCUUGAAGGCGUCUCCGGCCAUGCCGGCCUCUUCUCCACCGUUAAAGACACUGCCAGGUUUUGCCAAAUGAUCCUCAACAAUGGCACGUACGGCUACAAGCGGAUCUUGUCGCAGCAAGCGGUCGAUCUUAUCUUCACCAAUCUCAAUGCCCGUUUCCAAGACAUUAAUAGUGACCACGGUGCUGGCUUUGAGCUGGACCAAUUCUAUACCGCAGGCCCCCUAUACACACUACUUACUGCCUCUCACACUGGCUAUACCGGCACGAGCGUAGUCAUUGACCGUGGCCGCGACCUGUUCUAUCUGCACUUCGCUAACCGCGUCCACCCUACGCGCAACUGGAGCAGCAACAACAUCAUUCGCGAGACUCUGGGCUACUGGGUCGGCAACAGCUUAGGGUUGAACCUGACUCUUCCAGCCUAUUAG